AAGAAAGAUAAAGAAACGAUCGACACUCUCCACCACGGCUAAGGGAUGUUCAGGAAAAGGCAUCAUUUCUUGAUCAUUAGCAUGGUGUCUCCUUGGCUCGUGUCGUCAGCAAUCAUUGUGUCCCUCGCCGCUCUGCCCUCGCACUCCCUGCCUUCCGGGCUCGGCCCGGCGACGCUGCCCGCCACCGCGAUCCCGUCCUCGCCCGCCCUGUCGUCGGAACCUCUCGUGCCGCCUUUCCAAGAGCUCUCGCCGGACAUCGCCCCGCUCCUGCCCUCCCCGGGGGGCUCCGCGCCGGCCUCCGGCGGCUCCUCCUCCAUGCCCACCAUCCCUUCCACCCCGAGCCCGCCGAACCCGGACGACGACCCUCUCGGCCUGGACUCCGCGGUCGCGCCGGAGAGCUCGUUCAUGGCUUCCUUCGCAAUCACCGCAAAGCCAAUUGAGGCCAUGAAUGUGGUGGCAUUGUCUAUUUGGGCAGCAUUUUGGGCAAUGCAGCUUCUGAAAAUGUGAGCUUCUUCUUUUUUCUUUUUUCUUUUUUCUUUUUCUCUUUUCGGGUAAUUACUAGGAAAAUUAAAUUGAUAUGGGCAUGGUGGGUGCGCACCAGUUCAUCGAAAGCGAUGACAUUCAUUACUUUUAUAAUGUAAUUCAGAUUUCAUGUACAUUUACUCCCUCUUUUGUGCAGUAAUUUGCUCUUCUUUUAGAAACAAAAAAGUUCCACGGUA